GCCGCCGGCCCACGCCGCAGUGUGUUUUGUGGACGGCGCCUUCCCGGACCGCCCUGUAGAGUCCAGCUGAGUGCCCGGCAGCCUUCGACGCGAUGUUCCGUCAGAGCUUUAACCGUUUUUGUGCUGGAGAGGAGAAACGAGUUGGUACACGCACAGUGUUUGUUGGCAAUCAUCCAGUUUCAGAAACAGAAGCUUACAUUGCACAAAGAUUUUGUGAUAAUAGAAUAGUCUCAUCUAAGUAUACACUUUGGAAUUUCCUCCCUAAGAACCUGUUUGAACAGUUUAGAAGGAUUGCAAAUUUUUAUUUUCUCAUCAUUUUCCUUGUACAGGUCACAGUAGACACACCAACUAGCCCAGUUACCAGUGGACUUCCACUUUUCUUUGUUAUAACUGUUACAGCCAUCAAGCAGGGAUAUGAGGAUUGGCUGAGACACAGAGCUGACAAUGAAGUCAACAAGAGCACUGUUUACAUUAUUGAAAAUGCAAAGCGAGUGCAAAAAGAAAGUGAAAAAAUUAAGGUUGGUGAUGUAGUAGAAGUUAAUGCAGAUGAAACCUUCCUCUGUGAUCUUAUUCUUCUAUCAUCCUGUACCACUGAUGGAACCUGUUAUGUCACUACAGCUAGUCUUGAUGGGGAAUCUAAUUGUAAGACACAUUAUGCCGUGCGGGAUACCAUUGCAAUGUGUACAGCGGAGUCCAUUGAUAGCCUCCGAGCAGCAAUUGAAUGUGAACAGCCUCAACCUGACCUGUACAAGUUUGUUGGACGAAUCAAUAUCUAUAGUAAUAGUCUUGAGGCUGUUGCCAGGUCUUUGGGACCUGAAAAUCUCUUGCUGAAAGGAGCUACACUAAAAAAUACCAAGAAGAUAUAUGGAGUUGCUGUUUACACUGGGAUGGAAACCAAAAUGGCUUUGAACUACCAAGGGAAAUCUCAAAAACGUUCUGCUGUUGAAAAAUCUAUUAAUGCCUUCUUGAUGGUUUAUUUAUUUAUCUUAUUGACCAAAGCUGCAGUAUGCACUACUCUAAAGUAUGUAUGGCAGAGUACCCCAUAUAAUGAUGAACCUUGGUAUAACCAAAAGACUCAGAAAGAACGGGAGACUUUAAAGGUUCUGAAAAUGUUCACCGACUUCCUAUCGUUUAUGGUCCUAUUCAACUUUAUCAUCCCUGUCUCCAUGUAURUCACAGUAGAAAUGCAGAAAUUCUUGGGUUCCUUCUUCAUUUCAUGGGAUAAAGACUUUUAUGAUGAAGAAAUUAACGAAGGAGCCUUGGUUAACACAUCAGACCUUAAUGAAGAACUUGGUCAGGUGGAUUAUGUAUUUACAGAUAAGACUGGAACACUUACUGAAAAUAUCAUGUAAUUUAUUGAAUGCUGCAUAGAUUGGCACAGAUAUAAAGGUGUAACUCAGGAAGUUGAUGGAUUAUCUCAGACUGAUGGACCUUUAACAUAUUUUGACAAAGCAGAUAAGAAUCGAGAAGAACUCUUUCUGCGUGCUUUGUGUUUAUGUCAUACUGUAGAAAUUAAAACAAAUGAUAUUGUUGAUGGAGCUACAGAAUAAGCUAAAUUAACCUAUAUCUUCUCCUCAGCAGAUAAAAUAGCUUGGGUGAAAGGAGCUAAAAAGUAUGGGUUCACAUUUUUAGGAAAUCGGAAUGGACAUAUGAUACUAGAGAACCAAAGAAAAGAAAUAGAAGAGUAUGAACUUCUUCACACCUUAAACUUUGAUUCCCUCCGCCGACGUAUGAGUGUAAUUGUGAAGACUCAAGGAGGAGACAUCCUUCUUUUUUGUAAAGGAGCAGAUUCAGCAGUUUUUCCCAGGGUGCAAAACCAUGAAAUUGAGUUAACUAAAGCCCAUGUGGAACGUAAUGCAAUGGAUGGGUACCGGACACUCUGUGUGGCCUUCAAAGAAAUUACUCCAGAUGAUUAUGAAAUAAUUAACAGACAGCUCAUAGAGGCAAAAAUGGCCUUACAAGACAGAGAAGAAAAAAUGGAAAAGGUUUUUGAUGAUAUUGAGACAAACAUGAAUUUAAUUGGAGCCACUGCAGUGGAAGACAAGCUACAAGAUCAAGCUGCAGAGACCAGUGAAACUCUGCAUGCAGUCGGCCUGAAAGUCUGGGUGCUUACUGGUGACAAGAUGGAGACAGCCAAAUCCACAUGCUAUGCCUGCCGUCUUUUCCAAACUGGCACUGAACUCUUAGAACUCACCACAAAAACUAUUGAAGAAAGUGAAAGGAAAGAAGAUCGAGUCCAUGAAUUGUUGUUAGAAUAUUGGAAGAAAUUGCUGCAUGAAUUUUCUAAAAGUACUAGAAGCCUUAAAAAAGCAUGGACAGAACAUCAAGAAUAUGGAUUAAUCAUCGAUGGCUCCACAUUGUCACUCAUACUAAAUUCUAGUCAGGACUCUAGUUCAAAUAAUUACAAAAGCAUUUUCCUACAAAUUUGUAUGAAGUGCACUGCAGUGCUUUGCUGCCGGAUGGCACCAUUACAGAAAGCCCAGAUUGUCAGAAUGGUGAAGAAUUUAAAAGGCAGCCCAAUAACACUGUCCAUCAGUGAUGGUGCCAACAAUGUUAGCAUGAUCUUGGAAUCCCAUGUGGGCAUAGGUAUUAAAGGCAAAGAAGGCCGCCAAGCAGCCCGGAACAGUGAUUAUUCUGUACCCAAGUUUAAACAUUUAAAGAAACUAUUAUUGGCUCACKGACAUCUAUACUAUGUGAGAAUAGCACAUCUUGUACAGUAUUUCUUCUAUAAGAACCUUUGUUUCAUUUUGCCACAGUUUUUGUACCAGUUCUUCUGUGGAUUCUCACAACAGCCACUGUAUGAUGCUACUUAUCUUACAAUGUACAAUAUCUGCUUCACAUCCUUGCCUAUUCUGGCCUACAGUCUCCUGGAACAGCACAUCAACAUUGACAUUCUGACCGCAGACCCGCGAUUGUAUAUGAAAAUUUCUGGUAAUGCUAUGCUAGAGUUGGGCCCCUUCUUGGAGUAAACAUUUCUGGCUGCCUUUGAAGGGACAGUGUUCUUCUUUGGGACUUACUUUCUUUUUCAGACUGCAUCCCUAGAAGAUAAUGGAAAGGUAUACGGAAACUGGACUUUUGGGACUAUUGUCUUUACAGUCUUAGUAUUCACUGUAACUCUGAAGCUCGCCUUGGAUACUCGAUUCUGGACAUAGAUAAAUCAUUGGGGUUCUUUAGCCUUUUAUGUAUUUUUCUCAUUCUUCUGGGGAGGAAUUAUUUGGCCUUUUCUCAAACAACAGAAAAUGUAUUUCAUAUUUGCUCAAAUGCUGUCUCCUAUAUCCACAUGGUUGGCCAUAAUUCUUCUAAUAUUUAUCAGCCUUUUCCCUGAGAUUCUCCURAUAGUAUUAAAGAAUGUAAAAAGAAGAAGUGCCAGGAAUCCGAAUCUUGAACUGCCUAUGUUAUUGUCCUACAAGCAUAUUGACAGUGAUUACAGCUAAAAAAAGAAAACAUGAAGAAACCACCAAAAAAGUUAUCAUCUCAGGAUACUCGAUAUGCAACAAAAACUAAACCACUCUCUUAUGUAUAGGGUUCAGAAUAAAUGUUCAUUAAAAUACCAAUUACUCUUCU